AUGGCCACUUCAGCGUUUGGAGCUGUGGUGCGAUUUGAGAGCACCUCACCGAUCGCCAACCCCGCAGCUGCCGUGCGCAAAGACGGACAAGGCAUCGCUCGUGCUCCCUCUGAAUAUGAGCUAAAUCAUAUGCGCGAUAACCGACAGUCCGGCCCCUCAGGAGCGAACACAGGCGCCCAUACGCCAAUAAAUACUGUUACGCCCAGUGUGUUAGAAAGCCAUCCAGGCUCACCUGCAGAAGACGGCGCCAUCGAUCCUCUUCCCAACCCUGCAACAUCAUCAGUCACGAAAUGGCGUCUCUUGAGUGCCUGUUUGAUGAACAUGGCAAAUGGUUUGAAUGACAGUGGCCCCGGUGCUCUCAUUCCAUACAUCGAGAAGGAUUACAACAUCGGUUACGCCGUCAUGUCCUUGAUUUUCGUGACAAAUGCGUUAGGAUUCAUUCUCGCUGCUCCUUUCACCCAGUUGCUCGAGACUAAGUUGGGCCGCUCCAAGUCUUAUGCGUUAUCCAUGGGUAUAUUGGCAGCGGGGUAUGUGAUCAUCCUUUGCAAGCCUCCGUUCCCAGCCGUCGUGGCUAGUUUUUUCCUACUGGGGUUCGGCAUGGCACUGAGCCUUGCUCUGAACAAUGUAUUUUGUGCCAACCUUGCCAAUAGCACAGCUGCUCUGGGUGGCUUACAUGGAAGUUAUGGUAUUGGGGGAACCAUGGGACCUCUGAUAGCGACAGCUAUGGUAUCCGGCGGAGUUCGUUGGUCCUUCUAUUACUCUAUCAACUUGGCCUUUUCGCUCGUCAACCUAGCUUUUGGAAUGUGGGCCUUUAGAAACUACGAGAAAGACUUGCCGGUUCAGCUCUUGACAGCUCUUCAGCAAACUGUAUCCCAACAGGAACAUGGUCAUGCUGCGCCAAACAGGGAGCAACUGUUGAAACAGACUGUGAAGAACAAAACAACGCUGCUUGGGGCGCUGUUCAUUUUCGCAUAUCAGGGUGCAGAGGUUUCCAUCUCUGGCUGGGUUGUAUCGUUCCUCAUUAGCUAUCGCAACGGAAACCCUUCCCAGGUUGGUUAUGUAAGUGCUGGCUUUUGGGCUGGCAUCACCCUCGGGCGAUUUCUGCUGUCGCAUCCUACAUACAAAGUCGGCGAGAAGCUCGCUGUUGUUGUGCUUGUUGUGGGCUCUGCUGCAUUCCAGCUCAUGACCUGGCUCAUUCCCAAUGUGAUCGGAGAUGCCGUUUCGGUAGCCAUCGUGGGUCUACUGCUCGGCCCUGUCUGUCCUUGUGCUAUGGCAGUCUUCAGCAAGCUGCUUCCCAGAAAUAUCCAGAUAUCUAGCUUGAGUUUUAUCUCUGCAAUGGGAAGCAGCGGAGGUGCCGUUUCUCCAUUCUUCACUGGAUUACUGGCGCAGAGUGUGGGGACGUAUGUUCUUCACCCAAUCUGUAUUGGGUUGUACGGCCUGAUGCUUGUGGGCUGGGUUGCACUGCCUAAGAUCUCUAAGAGGUCUGAGUAA